UCAGAUGUAUUCGGCUUGAAGGAGGCACUGCAUAUCACACUGAGAAGAAAUAAAUGGUUUAAACUGUUCAUUAAUGACCAUCUGUAAAUGCAGAGUUGAUCCAGGAGAUUAAAAUGCUGAUUUUUCUGUUCUAUAGCAACAUUUUUUUUUCUGUUUGUAAGCUUUUAAUUUCACUAGAUCUUCAGUUAUUCAACUUCAGAAUGUCCUACAGUGGAUAUUCACUUUGUGGACUGACAGAUAUUUCAUUUCUGUCCUUAUAGAUUGUACUUGGUUAAUAAAUAUUAAAUAAUAAAUAAUAUUAAUAAUAAUUCAAAAUGUUUUCCUCCCUGUGUGAGACUGUUGUUGUAAUAUUUAUGCCAUUUUUCGUUGGUUUCAUGCAAAUUCGAGUCUCAGCCGACAAGAAAUUACUGUUAUAAUGUCUUAGACACCAAAAUACCUUUGAAAGAGAGAACUUACUACAUUCAUCAACAAAUGGCAAAUAAAGAAUUUUGUCACAAAAACAAUCAUGCGUUUUGUUUUUUUCCUGGAAAUGUGAUCAAACCUGCUGAGUGAAAAUUAUACAUCCAGAAAUGUUAAUAUUGGUUUAAAUGUUCUGAGGCCGUUUUCACCCCAACAAGGUUCUAGUUGUAUCUUUGACCAAUACUCUUGAUAGAUUUGGUGCAAUAGAACAAAAUGCAUGAGCUUUCUGACACAGACUUGUUUCUUCUUCAGUCUAAAACCUUAUUUGUAGCUUGAUUUAGUCAUUUUUUUGCUACUUAUGGUCGGUGUUGGGGUCAUUGUUUUGUUGUGUCCGAGGCCCAAGCUGAUGAUUUUAGGCUUUCUUGAAGAAUGAGGAAAUAAUCCUCUUUUUCGUUAUUCAUUUUACUUUGUGUAAAGCAACAGUUCCACUGGCAGCAAACCAGAACACAGUAAUACCACCACCAUGCUUGAUAGUAGGUUUGGCAUCACCCCACCUUCUCUACUCCAAACAUAUUUCUGGUCAUUCUGGCCAAAUAGUUAAACUUUUGUUUCACCUGACCACAGAGCUUUCCUCCAGAGGGCCUUCUAUGAGUCCAUGUGAUCAACAUUAAACAUCAGUGAAGCUUUAAGGUGCCACUUCUAGAGGAAUUACUUCCUUCUUCAUGGAAAUUUAAAACCGUGGAUACCGAAUAGUGUGUUCCAGCAGCUUCUAGUUGAUUGCAGAUUGCCUUUUUGGUCAUUUUUGGUUGACUCUUGACCACCCUGACUAAUUUUCUCUGGGCAGCGGGUGAUAAUGUACUUUAUACUUACAAACUUUGGCUCCAAGUGACUUUCCAGACUUGUUCAAGUCAAUGAUUUUGCUCUUCAGACUUUCCCAUUGGGGGGUGGCGUGGCUCAGUGGGUAGAGUGGCCGUCUUGUAACUGGAAGGUUGCCGGUUUGAUCCUCGGCCCGUUGUGCUCAUGUCGAGGUGUCCCUGAGCAAGACACCUAACCCCUAAUUGCUCCUGAUGGGUUGUGGUUAGCGCCUUGCAUGGCAGCUCCCACCAUCAGUGUGUGAAUGGGUAAAUGUGACAUAUCAUCAUGUAAAGCGCUUUGGAUAAAAGCGCUAUAUAAAUACAACCAUUUACCCAUUAUACUGUUUGCGGAUGAGUUUAUCAAACAGGCCCUAAUUAAAUUAACUGAGUGGAAUCAGCAGCUCUAGUCAACUUUAAUCACUCAUGAGAAGUUAGGAGGCUAUACCAUUUAGAAAAUUUGAUUAACACAACUUUCUACAUCACAAAAACUAUUAAUUCAAGGUGGUUUAUAUAUAUUUAGAUCCAGUAGAUUUUGUCAUAUUUCCAGAGGACCUACAAUAAAUUUAUAAAAGAACCAAAAUGCAUGAUUGUUUUCUAUGUUUCAGUUAUUUUAUCUUAGAAAAUUAGAAGUGAUAGAAGCCAUUGGAGAACUGAAGACUGCCAUGAUAUACACGGUCUGUACAAGUGCAUGUAAACUUUUGUUGAAACUGUGUACAGAUAAACAGUGAGUUAAAUACAUUCAUUGUGACAGAUGGAACUUACUGCAGCUCUGGUCUGCUGUUAGCCCCUCAGCUGUCAAAAUGUGAUCAUCUGCAGUUAAUUUGCUUUCAGUUGGUAAUGUGUUCCAGUGCUGACAGUCCUUUGUGGAGGAAGCUAAUUGUCUAAAUUUAGAUCUAUGAUGUGAUAUUUUAUUGUAUUCACAUUGCUCCUGGUAACUCUGUUGCUGUCUUGUCUCAGGAUAUUUCUGGAAAUAGUCUCUGGGGCUAAGCUAUUGAUGCAUCUGAAGACUAAUUUGAGAAAACAGAAAUGACUGAAGCUCUGAAAUCCUAAUAUGAUAAGAGACUAAAAAUAGAUUCCUCAUCUCAUUUAAAUGAAAUAAGAAACACCUUCUGUCCUCAGGAACACGAUCAAACCUGCUGCCACUGUAGCUUAUGUUUGUGAAGUUUGUUGUUGUUGACUUGUGACACUUUCAGCACAUGUUGCCGGUAACGCUGAGCUCUGUAGCUUCUGAUGAACCUAAAGCCAAAUGAUUAAAGAACUAAAUGAGUCACAAAUCAAACAUCUGAGGCGUUUUGCUUUGGUGAACACACUUGAUCAGUUUGGGUCACAGCAGGGCCGACAAUCAUCGGGAAACUCCCACCAUGUGCGUGCCCUCAACAUGUGUGCGACCCUGAUAACACAAUCUGCACUCUCGAAGCUGAAAGCGUGAGUCAGAAGCAACAGGAGACGUCUUCCUGCAGCCGUUUGCAUCAUCGACAAGCAUAGAAGUGACGAGGAGGAGCUUCAGUCUGCGUACGAACACAGAAAAAGAGCCACACCUGCAAAGUUUGGGUACAUUUGGCAGCUUAAAGGGCUCUCCUCUGACUUUGUGCCAAAAGCGUGAAGAGUUGGACAUCAGCAGGCAGGAAAAUGGACGAAAUGGGCACAUAUCCCACCAUGUACCCCGAUCAGCCCAGGUUGAAGAGAGACUUUGACCAAAAGGUGUUCGUGAACAGAAGCCUGACACUGGAGAACAUCAGAUGCUACGGCUUCGACAUGGAUUACACGCUGGCAUUGUACAAGUCUCCUGACUACGAGAGCCUGGGCUUUGAGCUGAUAAGAGACAGGAUGGUUUCUGUUGGUUACCCUCAUGAGCUCCUACGGUACACUUACGACCCCAGUUUCGCCACCCGAGGCUUAGUGGUCGACACGAAGUAUGGGAACCUCCUGAAGGUGGAUUCAAAUGGAAAUAUUUUAGUCUGCAGUCACGGCUUCCGCUUCCUCAAAGGGGAAGACAUUCACAACUAUUAUCCCAAUAAGUUCAUCCAAAGAGGCGACACUGAGCGAUUUUACAUCCUCAACACUCUCUUCAACCUGUCAGAGACGUAUCUGUACGCCUGCUUGGUGGACUUCUUCACCAGAUGCACCAGAUACAGUAACCUCCUGAACGGCUUCCAGCACGGUGACCUGCUCAUGCCCUUCAGAAGCAUGUUUCAGGACCUUCGAGAUGCGAUGGACUUCAUUCACGACACUGGAAUCCUAAAAGAACGAACCAUAAAGAAUCUGGAGAAGUACGUGAUCAGAGAUCCGAAGCUCCCAGUCCUCUUACGUCGAAUUAAAGAGGUGGCUAAGGUGUUCCUGGCCACCAACAGCGACUACAACUACACUGAGAACAUCAUGAACUACCUGUUAGAAAGUAACCCUAAGCCUGGAGCUUCCAAACCGUCCUGGCACAGCUUCUUUGACCUGGUCGUAGUCGACACCAAGAAGCCGCUGUUCUUUGCAGAGGGAACUGUCCUGAGACAAGUGGACACGAACACUGGAAAGCUUCGGAUCGGGACGUACACCGGCGACCUGCAGCAUGGAACAGUUUACUCUGGAGGAUCUUCAGAUAUCGUGUGCGAUCUGCUGGAUGUUAAGGGUAAAGACGUCCUCUACGUCGGAGAUCACAUCUUUGGAGACAUCCUGAAAUCUAAGAAACGUCAAGGAUGGAAGACGUUUCUGGUCGUACCGGAGCUCGGCAAGGAGCUGCAUGUGUGGGAGGAGAAGAAAAAUCUCUUUGAGGAGCUUAAACGUCUCGAUGUCUUCUUAGCUGAACUUUACACGCAUCUGGACAGCGGCAGCAAAGAAAGUCCAGACAUCAGCGCCAUUCAGACGAGAAUAAAGGUGCUGACCUACAGGAUGGACAUGUCCUACGGCCAGAUGGGCAGUUUGCUGCGUAGCGGAGCCAGACAGACGCUGUUUGCCAGCCAGCUGAUGCGUUAUGCAGAUCUAUACUCAUCCACCUGCAUCAACCUGCUGCACUACCCCUUCAAUUACCUCUUCAUGGCUCCUCCAGUCCUCAUGCCUCAUGAGGCGACGACGGAUCUCACAGUGAUCCAGAACGAUGUCAAGACCAACAAAACUGAUGCUGAAGGCAGCCGAUUAUACUGAACCAGAAGAAGCAGAACAUGAAGAUGCUGCAGAGGAAUCUUGUAAAUGUGUUUCUCCUCAAGGUGACUGCUCACUCGGGUUUGUUGCAGGCAGCCGUGAUGUGCCUCCUUUACAGAGAACAAACUUAUUGCUCCACCUGCUGGAUAUGAGUCACUAUGCCAUGGAGACUUUACCUUAGAGAUCCGUAAUCCAAGCAGGAGACAUUUAUUUAACCCUCCUGUUGUCCUUAUUUACGGCACCGAAAAAUGUUGUUCCCUUGUCUGAAAAAAAUCCAAAAAUUCAGCAAAAAAAAUCCCUAAAUUUGUAAAAAAAAAAAAAUAAAUAAAUAAAAUAAAAUUGCAAAAUCUUUUGGAGGAAAAUUCCUUAAAAGUUUCCCUGAAAAGUUUUAUUUAAAAAAAUUCCCAAAUUUGGCAAGAAAUAAAAAUUUAAAAAUAAAAAUUGUAAAUAUUUUUACAAUUGAAUAAAAAUCUUCCUAAAAAAAAUCCUAGAAAUAUCUAAAGUGAUUACAUAUAUAUAUAUAUAU